AUGGCAGUGGUGCUGGGUGCCUUGGCGGGCUGUACACCCACCGUCCGUGUAGCUACGGACGAACCCAUUACCAUCAAUCUUAACGUCAACAUCAAACACGAAAUUCUGGUGAAGGUAGAUAAAGAUCUCGACAAUUUAUAUCUGGCAACGACAUUAUUCCUGGCUGCUUCGCUGAGUGUUUAUGCUAUCGACCUGGAUACCGCCAAGGCGGAUGGCUUGGUUGGUGAGCGGGCAGACGGCUAUUUAGGUGCGGUGAGAGAUAACGUCUCGGCGGAAGUUAGCGCGCUUGUCAAUGACAUCAAUGGCAAACGCAAGGCCCAGUAUCAGCGCAUUGCUUUAAAAAAUGAAAUCCCACUGGCGGAUGUCGAAGCCCUGGCGGGUAAAAAGACGAUCGAGAAAACUGAGCCAGGUGGCUGGGUUUUUAUUGAUACCUGGGUUCAGAAGUAG